CUCACAAACCGGUGGAGAGGAACGACUCGAAAGCCGAUUUUGCAGAACAAGUGAAUCGUCCGAAGAAGGUACUUCUUUCUUCUAGGCUAUCUAGUUCUUCACUUUGUUUGCUGGCGCGGUUCCCGCGCUGCAGGUCGUCCCGCAGCCGCGCGCCGCGCCGCCGACACUCAGCAGAUUCUUCUGCAGAUUUUUUUCCUUCGCCGCCUUUUCCCGUGGUUUGUUCAUUCCGCUUCGCCGCAAAGCCUCAGCGGUGUGAGUACUUUUUCGACGCUGCUGAUUCGCAGGCAGAAUCUUCCGAGAUGUGCAGGCAGUGGGUCGCUUUCCCUCAGCGCAAUCGGCAGCAGCCCCCCCAGGAUUCGAGAAGGGUUAGGGGGCCGCGUCCGCUUGCCUCCUGGCUCUCUCGCAAACGUGGCGGAGCAGGCUCGUCCGAUGGCCUUAGCGAGUGCCUCCGCCUUCUGGGCUAGGUGCAUCCCUUUCGCUGGUCGCAUAUCUUAAGCGCCCGGCGCCUGCUGCCAUCGCCAGCUAUGCCGAUUCGGUGCGAGAUUCUUUGCUUGCCGGGAGCGGUUCGCGCGGCACUGUGUGCCCAAGGAUGGCGGCAGCAGGUGGAAGAUGCUGGCGGGCAAGGCGUUGCCGCAUCUACUCGACCAAGAGCGGACGAAUCUGCUGCGCGCCCGCCUUCGGUGGCGCCCCGACUGACAGCGCAAAGCGUGCGCCUUCCUUGUGACUGCUGCGAAACUCUUCGAGCACUGAGCCGAGAACGCGCGAACGCGAAGGCAUAAGCCCCAGGGGCGCGAAGAAAGUGGAAGAAGGCGGCAGCGUCUUGCAUGCGUGUGCGCGAUGCAUAUUGCCGGGAGCAUGUCGGACAGCUAUGGAAUGAGGAGAACACUUCGCGGCAGCUUGGCGCUCUUGGUUGCCUUUCAUGCUAAGAACAGCGGGCGGCAGUAGCUUCCAGCAGCCCAGUCCCGCGCGUGCUCGGGCGUCAGAUGUCUCGGACCAUCGUGGAAGCAAAUUGGAGCCGGAUCUUACAAGCAGUCGAGCGCGGGAGCUCCAGCUGCAUGAGGAGCGGGGGCGGGAGGCUCGUCAGAACUUCGCUCCAACAUGGUGACGCGUUUUCUUUAUCGCAAGCCUGCAGAGGCGUCCCGGCUGCCUUAUUAUUUGUGGGCGUGGCCACCGCGUCGCAGGGCGCAAAGUGCUGCGGAAGAGCCCGACCGGGCCCGCGCGUGAUGGUGUGCCGACUGCGCUGCUUGCAAGGCAACGCGCUCGACAGGCGCGCCACUGAGGGCCUUGCUUGGCGAUGCGUGCCGCUUCGUUAUUGUGCAGGCCAGCCAGCGACGCGGAGCGGAGGCGCUCCCGCCACCUCGGUGCGACUUGUGGCAAGUUGUGCAUUCGGGCCGCUGUCUUUCGCUGCUGGUGGGGUUGUGCGCUUGUGGUGCUGGCCGCCGCAGUGAAUGCGCUUCGUUCAUGGCAGGCUUCGCCCUUUCGCUUUUGUCCUUGAUCAGUGACAUGGGUUUUCUUCUUGGUGUUCUUACUUUUAGUAGGUUUGUUAGUCAAACAACAUCGAGCAGCCAUUUGCUCCUUUAUCGUUUUUCUUCGUUCAAUUAAUGCACAGGAGAAUUGUGGAGCCAAUAUCUUAGCAAGUACGUGCUCAAUUUUCCUCCUCUCUCAGGGCGAGUGCGUUGCGCUGGUCUAUAUUGUGUUUGCGGGGUGGUCUCGGUGGGGUGCUUUACUCUUCAACGUGUUGGCAAUGGUUUUC